UGUGUUGCACUCCCCCUCUCUGCCCUCCCGGACUGCGCGCAUCGGAUCAGAACGCGGAGCGCUCCUUUCCACUGGGCAUUUCAGCUCGGCGCGCAGGGGGAGACGCCUCCUGCUGAGGGAAGUUAAGUCAACAGGACGGGGGACGCGCCGCUUGGAUCCAUGAGGCGCCUCCACUCUCGGCGGACUUUCUUCACUCGUUUUCUGCAGCGACACGUUAUUUUUGGUCUUUGAGAAAUGCCCCUCUGUAGACGUUAGCAGCUGACUUCCAACUAUUACGCGCGCGUUUUUACGCACCUGCGGAUCUGCUGCAGCGGAGUUGUGAGGCAGCGGCCGCGGUGCUGCAGAGAAGCUGAGAUCAUGUUUAGGCUGGAGACCACCAUCAUUUGCACUUUCUCCGUGCUGUUCGUUGCUGUUAAGGCAGACUUUAGAGCAAGAAACUGCAGCCAAGUUGCAGAGGCUUGCGCGGGGAGAGGCUUCAGUUUCACUAAUAUUCCUCUGCAGGAGAUCCCAGGACCUCAUCUGCGUGUGUGUCCUCAGGGGAACACAUGCUGCACCCAGGAAAUGGAGGACGCAUUUGGCCAACAGAGCAAACUGGAUUUUGAUCAUCUGCUGGAAGAAACAACUGAAACACUGAGGACCACAUUUGUCUCCAGACAUGAAAGAUUUGAUGAAUUCUUCCUGGAGCUGCUGGAGAACACGGAGAGAUCGCUGCAUGAGAUGUUUCAGAAGACUUACGGCAAGCCUUACUUGCAGAACGCAGAGGUUUUUGUGAACCUGUUUGCUGAGCUGAAGCGCUAUUACACAGGAGGGAACGUUAAUCUGGAGGAAAUGCUUAAUGACUUUUGGUCGCAGCUUCUGGAGCGCAUGUUCAUGCUGCUUAACUCCCAGUAUGUCAUCACAGAGGACUAUCUGGAGUGUAUCAUCAAGUACGCUGAUCAACUCAAGCCCUUUGGAGAUGUGCCCAAGAAACUCAAGGUUCAGGUUACCCGAGCUUUCAUCGCUGCACGCACAUUUGUCCAGGGGCUCUAUGUUGGCCGAGAGGUAGCGAAGAGAGUGUCCAAGGUAAAUGGAACUCCAGCUUGUCUACGGGUUCUGACAAAAAUGGUGUACUGCCCGUUUUGUCAGGGCAUGCCAGCGGUCAAACCCUGCAAGAACUACUGCCUUAAUGUGAUGAAGGGCUGCCUGGCCAAUCAAGCAGAUCUAAACCCAGAGUGGAAUCAAUACAUUGAUGCCAUGCUGCUGGUGGCACAGAGGCUGGAAGGGCCUUUCAACAUAGAAUCUGUCAUGGGCCCAAUUGAUGUCAAGAUUUCAGAGGCCAUCAUGAUCCUGCAAGAUAACAGUGCGGAAGUUUCCUUCAGGGUCUUUCAAGGCUGCGGCCAGCCCAAACCCGCAGGAAGCACAAGGUCUGCCCGUGGGGUUUCGAAUGUGUACAGCUCUCGCUUCAGACCCUACAGCCCUGAGGAGCGGCCGACCACUGCAGCUGGCACCAGCCUAGACAGACUGAGGAUUGUGUGGAGAACGAUGCAACACAGUGUGAUCGACAUUAAAGAGCAGCUGAAGCUGUUCAAGAACUUUUGGUCCAACCUCCCUGAGGCGAUAUGUGUGGAGUACAAAGUGACUGCUGGGAAUGUAAGUGAGGACGAGUGCUGGAAUGGACACACCAAGAGCAGGUACUUUCCUGAAGUGGUAAAAGACGGCCUCACCAGCCAGGUGAACAACCCUGAGGUGGACGUGGACAUCACACGUCCAGAUACCAUCAUCCGUCAGCAGAUCAUGGCCCUGCGGGUUGUGACCAACAAGUUAAAAAACGCUUACAAUGGAAAUGAUAUUACCUUUCAAGACUCUAAUGAUGAAGGCAGCGGCUCAGGCAGCGGCAGCGGCUGCACAGAGGCCUGCACCACAGAAAUUGCCCGUUUUGCCACAGAAUUCCCGGUUGUGAAAGCUGACCGGAGCGGGCCUGUAGAUGACUCUGCCUCACUCUGUGCACCGUCUGCAGCUCUGCUAACCAUGCUCACCCUCUCCGCCCAAGCCUUUUGCCAACAAUGGAGAUAAUACUAGGAAAACAAGUUCAAGAUGAACCGCAGUGUUUCCUUUCCUCUCCUCUUCCGCUGUUUUAUUUUAUUUUAUUUUUUUUUUGUAUCCAGGCAGAUUGGAGCAACAGUCAAGCAGGCAGCAUUUAAGCUGCAAGCCUUCAUGCUGGAAGAGUCUGCUCUGAGAAAGAGUAGCCAUGCAUCACAGUUUCCCUCCUUCCCAAAGAUCUUGCAGUGCCAUCCCUAGACUUGAUAUUUAUUGGAAUCAAUUCACAGUGCAACGCUGUUGCUGACCCAACAGACUCUGCCUCAGAGAUUAACACAAAAAAAGCUUAUUUUCUUUGCACGUGUGGCAAAUGUUAGGAAAAAUCACCAAGAGGAGAAAAAAAAACAGCACGCACUUUGACUAUAAAUGCAAAAAUUUUAUUUUCUAUCUUUUUUUUUGUUUUUGUUUUUUAGAAAGUGGUUGUUGGAUGUACCUAAAAGUUGUAGCCCAAUGAGUUUAAACAUAUGUUGGACUAUGAAGGAUACAAAUAUAUAUAUUUUUGCCUAAAGUUUAACAGUUUAAAGGCAAACAAAUGUUCUUUUAAAUGUUAUUAUUUUUGGGGAUUUAAUUUUUUAUUUAAUUUUAUUAUGAAUCUAAUGCAUUCUUUAAAUUACAUGACCUCAUCUUUUGUGUCCCAUUAAACAAGUUUUAAAAUCUUUUUAGAUAAAUUAUAAUCUAAUAUAGAUUUGCAAUGGAUCUGCAUAGGCUUUUAGUUCAUCACUGUCAGUGCCACUGUGGUCCUCGGCUCAAACUCACUGCAUACAGACUAGAGAAUAAUGAGCGAACAACAUUAUUUUGCAAAUUGCAGAGAUAGAUAUUCCAAAUCAUAACAAAUUAUUUUCAAUUGCUGACAACUUUUAAAAACCAUUUAUAUUGAUAAAAGCGGGGUUUUAUCUCAUUCAGUCUCCAACAAAUAGAGUGGUACAAACCUGUUAAAUUUUAAACUUCAAUAAAAAAAAGUAUUUCUUUGCAGGCUCUAAAUCAAAGUCUGGAUUGUGUCCUGUAUUUUAUAUGUAAACACUUUGCACUAUUUGAGCACAUUAUUGCAGUGUUGUGCUGCUGACAUUUCUGUAUUAACAGUAACUGGGACCUGUAUGAGGUUUUUUAUUGCUGCUUCAUCAGAGUACAAAUCCAAAUAUUAACCAAAUAUGUCUCAUAAUUGCAAAAAAAACAAUAAGAAAAUGUGUUUACCAUUUCAACACUUAUUAAAAAGUUAUUUACUUUACCACUUUAGGUGAAAUUACUAUCAAACAAUAUUAAAAUUAAAUGGUAAUUAGCAAAAAUUGCAAUGUAUGUAAUGCGUAGUUUGCAUAUUACCUGGUAAAGGUUUGGGAAUUAUUAAGACAGACAGCAGAAAAUGGCACAUGAUGGUUACUGUGAACGCUAAGAAAGGGUCCCAUCAUUUCUCUGGAAAGCUUGAAUGGUUAUGUCUGCGGCGCAGGCAGGCUGGAGGCCGACCACAGUCACCUGUGAAAUGAGAAUCUGUGGGGACUGGACAGGGCUGAACGCUUCAGUGCAGCUCUUCAGUAGAGUGAACUCACAGAGAAUGUGAGAGGCCUGGCACUGCUAAAGGAAGCAGACAAAACCAGCCUGUAUGUACAUCCUCUGUUCUCUGAGAGCCCGUCAGGUCCACAACCAACAAGCCAGCUGAGCUUCUAUCCACCAAAUUAGUCUGUACUAUUCCACUCGCUGUCUAUCAACAAAUAUUGGAUGAGCUUUUCUUUAUUGCUUUGAAGUAUACAGUUGCAUUCACAGCACAGGAGCAAAAAUAUUGAGAAUAUGUAUCAUGUGAUUUAUUGGAAAUUAUUCUUUAUUAUGACUUUUGAUCUCACAGGAUGCCCUUCUUAUGUUUUGUAUCAUUGAACUUUUAAUAUUUUUGCAAUAAAAUACUAAAAAUG